ACUACAAUUCAUACGAAAAUGGCAAAUAUUAUUCUAUUUUUAAUUCUAAAUUACAGAUUUCCUGCUAACGUUGAAUUAAAAAAACAGUGGAUGGAAGCUGUUGGUGUGACAACAGUUUCUAAGGCAGCCACUGUAUGUAGCGACCACUUCCAUAAUGAUUCAUUUCAUCAAACUGAUGGAUAUACAUUUUUGAGACGUUUAACAUCAACUGCUGUCCCUUUAAAUCAAAACGAUCAAUCUUCACCAUUAUUAUCUUCACCAAUCAACAAUGCAUCUACACAAGUACUUGGCGACAUAAUAAAAAAUCAAAACGAUCAAUCUUCACCAUUAUUAUCUUCACCAAUCAACAAUGUAUCUACACAAAUACUUGGCGACAUAAUAACUCAUCAAGAUAUGACAAAUGCUGAAAAUAAAUCAUUUCCAACAAGUACGAAUACUGGCUUUGAGACACAUGAUCAUUUAAGUUCUAGAAACAGUAUUAAAAGAAAAUCAUCUGCUGUCGAUGUUUUCCCCAAAAAAUAUCGUUUCAUGAUCGGAUAUCAAUCAGAGUCUUUUUCAAAAGAGGACUUUAAUUCAAAUAAAGCAUGGAAUCGGUUUGCGAGAGUUAUGACUCAUCAAAAACGUAAGAGGUCUGCUUCCCAUAUGAACUUAGUUAGAAAAGAAAAAAAAAUUAAUGACAUGAAAGAAUUAAUUAAAAACAUGAAAGAAAAACAGUUUUUUGAAUCUGCUGAAUAUUUACAGGUAAAUUUGUAAUAUAUAUUGCAAUUGUAUAUACAUUCCAAUUAAUUGCGUAUUAUGUAAAUUCAUUUUUUACUAUAAUUUUUUACUAUAAUACUUAAAUUGUAUAUAUUUACAUUUUAAACAUUUACAUUUUAAUAAAUCAAAUUGUUUAAAAAUCUAAAACUUCCUCAAAUCCAAAUAUGUUAACGUUAAUGCUUCUAUUUUUAAGUUUUAUUUAUUUAAGUAAUAAUACAAUUAUAAAAACUGUACAAUUUAUAAGAAAUAGUACAGUCAUAAAGCUGCGACAUUUUUUUCCGAUUAGUUUUUUUGAUACAUUGUAAAACGAUUGUGGUUAGCUUAAAAUAUUAAAAAACUUUUCUAAU